CUUUUUUCGUAUUAAAUAAUACGGAUAAGAGCAAGACAGUCUAUAGAUAGAUAGAUAACAUUUGGCUACUACUAUCUUAUAAUUAUGCCAAACACUCUCAGAAGUCUUUCGACAUACACCACCAUGAUGCGUGUUACUUCUGCUGGCAGACCGCACUGCAAAGACCUUCAUGAUAUUCUUGCUGCCUUUAUAAUACAGAUGCCACUUUCUGAUCAUCGAACUCUCUUUCGUACCUACCCUUUCAGCUUUACGACCGAAGAGGCAGUCGAGAUCCUGGGCCACCUUCAGUUCACUCAUGUCCACCGUGGCCCAGAUCCGCUUGAUCCGACCAGACAUGUCUCUACCCGCACAACCACAACAUUUAGCAUGACAAGUGGGAUGGCCAAGACGUUGUGCCAACAGUUUCUUCAGGCAAGACUGAUCGAAAACGCAUCCGACCCUUCCAAUCGACUCAUCCGAGACAAAGCGAUCUGGUGCCCAACCCCAAAAGGAAAAUGCAUGAUCCAAGACUUUAGUAUUCGUGCCCAGAUUUCCAUUGAUCAUCUAACUGCCUGUCUCGACAAACUAAAAACCAUAUCUGUCGUUACACUCGAUCGUCAGAAUAACCGUGAUAACACCUUGGCUUUUUCGCGUCCAAGUGUUUCUUUGGCCUUUCAGUUGAUGACUCAAUACGUUCCCUGUGAUGUAUUACUCACAGAUGAAGUGAAUGGAGUUGAUACCAGAAUUGCAAAAAAUACCCAAUAUACUUUUUAUGGAUCACAGUGUAUCGAUUGGCUGUGUGAAUACACCACCGUAGUCAAUAGGGAAGAGGCAGAGAUGAUCGGCUCAGAAUUCAUUCUGUGUGGGUGGAUCAAAUGCUUGACAGACAAACCUCCGGGUGGCAAUGAUAUAAUAUUUAGAUCCUCUCGAAAUGCAAUCUACCACAUCACUGACAGAGGGUGCCAAUGCCUUGGUUGGAAUGGAUACACUACUACAAUCACACCUGGAUCACCGCAAUCGUUCGACAUAAUCCCUUUAGCCCGACCCCUGAGUAUCUCAUACGGUAACCCUACCGACAAUGAUUUAAAACUCAAGGCGUCAUAUUAUUCUCGUCUUCAAAACAUAUUAGACGAUGCCCUGCUGCGGAUGUAUUUUCGUGAGUUUAUGAAGUCCAAUUUCUGCGAAGAGAAUCUUUGCUUCUGGGUGGAUUAUAACCGAGUCGAAAAGAAAUGGAUUUCUGCCGCAGAUUCAAUAGUGGUUCGGCGUCAGGUGUGGGCAAACGACUGUUUUCAGAUGUACAUGACCUAUCUAAGCCCAUGCGCACCGUCGGAAGUCAAUAUAGACCAUAUGCUGCGACAGGAUAUCAUUCGGUACGCAACAGCCUAUUUUAUCAAUCAGGCUGGAAUGGCAGGCACACACGCACCAUUUAGCACGGCCUUACAUCCCAUCAGUUUCUUGACAAACACGAACAAUACGAACAACAGACUCCCUGAGGAAUGUUUGCAGGAACUGAUAGAAAUGCUCAGAUGCGUGAACGAACAUGUAUGCCGAACUAUGGCUCAAGAUACAGUUCCAAAGUUUGUCCAGACCCAAAAAUACCAAGAAAUUAGUCAAAGAAACAAAAGUCAAGAUAUCAAAGAUUAAACAAAGUACAUGUAUCUGGAUAAUUACUUAUAACAGGCAAUACAAUACAUUAACAUCAAAAAAGCAAA